UAUUCGGGAUUAUUCGCGCUCAUUUGUUUGCCUCGCUCGUGUGUGUCUGCGCGCGCUGCUGAUGGCUUUAUUUGAGCAAUGAGCGGAUAACAAUGUUGAGACAUUAAAAGAAGAGAUAAACAGAUGUGAUUGUAUGUGAUGGGGAAGCACUUCUUCAGUGAGACGGACAUCAAGAGCGCGUGGGAGCUGGUGUCGACGGCGUUCUGGCAGAGAUACCCGAACCCAUACAGCACUCACGUUCUGACAGAGGAUGUAGUUUUUCGCGAGGUGACGUCAGACAACCGCCUCCUGUCCCGGCGGCUCUUCACGAAGACCAAUCGCAUGCCUCGCUGGGCGGAGCGCGUCUUCCCGGGGAAUCUGUCGCGUACGGUUUACAUCAUCGAGGAUUCUGUCGUCGACCCCGGAAACAGAAGCCUCACCACGCUGACCUGGAACGUCAAUCACGCUACAUUUAUGCGUGUGGUGGAGCGUUGUGUGUUUCUCGGCGAGCAGGACCGGCCUGUCUGGACGCGGAUCACCAGAGAAGCCUGGAUCUCAUCAGGACUCUUCGGCCUUUCCAGACCGAUACAGGAGUUUGGUUUGGCCAGAUUCAGGAGUAAUCAGGCGAAAGCUAUGAAGGGUUUGGAGCACGCGCUGUCAAAUCUACAGAACGCAUCGACCGCAUCUCAUGGAGAUUCUGCAGAGAAACACAAGAACCUGAAUUCAGCCUCCAAAGCCCAGAAACCCCAGCAAUACAUUUGAUCAAUAUAAACAGAGUGGACUUCAUGAAACCUGUCGGGUAACAGAUCCUGGUCACAAGAAAAUCAAGCCUUUUUUCAGGACAGUUAAGAUGUUUUGCAUCAUGAGAUUAUUUUUAUGAUAAUUCUCAAGACUGUAUGGAAGCUCAUUUACACCAAAUAAGAAAAAACACAUUAAAAGUCAUAAUUAUGACAUGCUUAAUCGAAAUUAUGAAAUACAAAGAAAAAUUAUGACAUAAAAUUUUGAAAUUAUGACAGUCAUAUCUAUGAGAUUAAAAAAAGUCUAAGUUAUGAUAAAAAAUCAAAAUUUUGAUGUCAAAUUCGACUUUUUGUCAUAAUUAUGACUUUUAUGUUGUUUACUGUUUGUCAGUUUUGACUUAUGACAAUCAACUUUUUGUCAUAAUUAUGAAUUUUGUAUCAAUUUCGACUUACUGUACUGUCAAUUUUGACUUUUUAUGUAAUAAUUAUGACUUUUCUGUCAUAAUUUCAGCUGUUUGUCAAUUUUGACUUUUUAUGACAAUCGACUUUUUGUCAUAAUUAUGACUUUUAUGUCAAUUUAAACUGUAAAUUUUGACUUAGUAUGUCAAUUUCGACUUUUUAUGUCAUAUUGAGUACUUAAUGUCAUGAUUGCGACUUGUCCUAAUUAUGACUUUUAUGUUAUAAUUUCAUCUUUUUAAGUCAUAAUUUUGACUUUUCAUCUCCUAAAUAUAACUUAGUAUGACAAUUUUGGCUUUUUAUGUCAGAAUUAUGACUUUGAUAUCAUAAUGUUGACUGUUUAUGUCAAUUUCAACUUUUUAUGUCAUAAUUAUGAUUUUUAUGUAAAUUUCAGCUGUUUACGUCAGUUUUGACUUAGUAUGUAAAUUUCAACUUUUUAUGUCAUAAUUAUGACUUUGAUGUCAUAAUGUUGACUGUUUAUGUCAAUUUCAACUUUUUAUGUCAUAAUCGACUUGUGUCAGAAUUAUGACUUUUGUGUCAACUUCAACUUUUCAAGUUUCAACUUAGUAUGCCAAUUUCAACUUUUUCUCAUAAUUAUAAAUUUUGUCAUAAUUUCGACUGUUUGUCAAUUUUGACUUUUUAAGUCAUAAUUUUGACUUUCCAUCUCCUAAAUAUGAUUUAUGUCAUGUCACUUUCAACAUUUUAUGUCAUGAUUUUUUUCUUAUGUGGCAGAAAUGUGCUUCCAUAUGACGACAAUACAAAAAAUUUAUUUUAACUGUGAAGUAUUUAUACUUUGUAAUAAGUGCACUGCCUUUAAUUUAUGCUAAUUUAAAUGUAAAAAUAUAAUAUAUAAUUUAAAAAGAAUGAUAAAGAACUCGAUGAGAAACUUUGGAGGAAUGUACUGAAAGUCACAAUUCACAAUUCUUAAUGGUCAUAAAAUCCAGAUGGUCAUAGAAUAAAAUCCUUUUGAUUUUGUGGUGAACCGUGACCUGAACAUGUUUUCAUGAGAUUCACCCAUAAAUCAAACAUCUUACCCAGAAGCAUCCUGUGAUGUGACCUUGUUUAAUGUAAAGCUCAGGUAAGAGAAGACUGGCGUUGUGCAUCAGAACAGAUGAAGAGCAGCUCUGAUCAAUAAAUCAUGUUUGUUUAGAAGUUUCAUUUAUUAGAAAUGAAAACUCAGGGAAAGAUACUUUGCAAUUGUGUACAACUGACACCGUCCCGCUGCAGUGUGUGUUUCUGAGUAAAGCUUUAUAGGUUAUAGUUCAUAUACUGUGAUAAUUAUCAUUUAAUCAAAUCACUUAUCAUCAGUUUAUGGAAAAUAAUUCAUCGAAUUUCAGGUCACAAGUUUAAAGCGAUAAACUUAAAGCUGUGCCUCUGACUCUGCUAAUGUUUUAAUUAGUUUCUAGUAAUAAUAUGGAAAAAACACCAUGGAUUACAAUUUAUAAAGCACCGAACAAUAUCAUUUUGAGCAUUUGUUUAACUUAUUAAACUAUGUUUUGUUGUAAUAUUUGUUUUGCUUCAUUUAGAUAUGUUUGUAAUCGCAUUCCUGAACCAAUGAUUUAGUGUGAAAUGUCAGGAAAUGUUUCAGAAUGAGGAAUAUUGUUGUGGAAAUUAAUAUUUCACUGUUCUGUAAUUGUAUCAACUUUGCUUUUGUUUGAAAAGAUGAGAUAUGGACUCUUUAAAUAAAGAAACAAAUGACGAAA